CCAUUCCCACCUCUUAAUCUCUAAACAGAGAAGUUCAGUCAGGCUGGUCCUAUAAAAACAAAGAAGAAAAGCCACUACUUAUCAACAACAAUCAGCAUUUUUCACUGUUUUUAGUCGCUCUAAAUUCUUCUGGUUUCUUUUUGUCACUCCAUCGGAAUUUGGACUAAAAAUGGUGAUUUCAUCGGCAAUAGGUGAUUCGCAGUCAUCCAUUCAGUCUACAUUUGCAUCCAGAUAUGUUACGCAUUGUCUCCCAAAAUUUAGGAUGCCAGAUAACUCCACACCUAAAGACGCAGCUUAUCAGAUCAUACAUGAUGAGUUGAUGUUAGAUGGUAACCCAAGGCUGAAUCUUGCUUCAUUUGUUACCACUUGGAUGGAACCUGAAUGUGAUAAGCUCAUUAUGGACUCUGUUAACAAGAAUUAUGUUGACAUGGAUGAGUAUCCUAUUACUACUGAACUUCAGAACCGGUGUGUUAAUAUAAUCGCCCACCUCUUCAAUGCACCAUGUGGGGAUGAAGAAACAGCAAUUGGAGUCGGGACAGUAGGUUCCUCUGAGGCUAUAAUGCUAGCUGGACUAGCAUUCAAGAGGAAGUGGCAGAACAAAAGAAAGGCUGAAGGCAAACCUUUCGACAAGCCUAACAUUGUCACGGGUGCAAAUGUUCAGGUGUGCUGGGAGAAAUUUGCUAGGUAUUUUGAGGUCGAACUGAAGGAGGUAAAGCUCACGGAGGGAUAUUAUGUGAUGGACCCUGUAAAAGCGGUGGAUAUGGUGGAUGAAAAUACAAUAUGUGUAGCUGCUAUCUUAGGUUCUACCUUAACUGGGGAAUUUGAGGAUGUUAAGACCUUAAAUGAUCUCCUCACUGCAAAAAAUAAAGAGACGGGGUAUGACACACCAAUCCAUGUUGACGCUGCCAGUGGUGGGUUUAUUGCUCCCUUCCUAUACCCAGAGCUCGAGUGGGAUUUUAGGCUUCCAUUGGUUAAGAGUAUAAAUGUUAGUGGACACAAGUAUGGUCUUGUUUAUGCUGGUGUUGGCUGGGUUGUAUGGAGGAAUAAAGAAGACUUGCCUGAUGAGUUGAUCUUCCAUAUUAACUAUCUUGGAGCAGACCAACCUACAUUUACUCUGAACUUUUCUAAAGGCUCCAGUCAAAUAAUUGCUCAGUACUACCAGUUCAUUCGUCUUGGUUUCGAGGGGUACAAGCAUAUCAUGGAAAACUGCAUGGCGAAUGCACAAAUGUUGAGCAAAGGGUUAGAAAAGAUGGGUUUUUUCGAGAUCCUGUCAAAGGACGUUGGAGUACCACUUGUGGCCUUUUCUCUCAAAGAUAGCAGUAAACACACAGUGUUUGAGAUAGCCGAGAGCUUAAGAAAGUAUGGAUGGAUUGUUCCAGCAUAUACUAUGCCAGCAGAUGCCCAACAUGUUGCAGUUCUCCGAGUUGUUAUCAGGGAGGAUUUCAGUCGCAGUUUGGCUGAGCGUCUUCUAGGCGAUUUUGAGAAAGUUAUGAAGGAGAUUGUAGAACUUCCUAGUAGGAUUGCUAAAAAAAUGGCUGAUGUUGCAGCUGUAAUUGAUGAAGUAGAGGGAGGAGAAGGUGCAGUGGAUGAGACUCCAGAGGGAGCCGCUAAGUAUUUGAAAAAGCUGGUGGAUGCUGAAAAGAAGAUCAGUGGAAUCUGUUGAUAGAAAGAUUUUUGUACCUGUACCAUAAUAAGGGAGUGAGGUCUCUACUCAGUUGAUCAAGCUCUGACUUUGUAUGUGUGUGCGCGUGUGUGUGUGAUAUAUCUCUUAGAAUAACUGAAUUGGUUUCAUUCCUGGUCUGUGUACGCAGUAUAUAGAAAAUUGAGUUUGUGCUUUUUCAUUUUGAAAAAUUUCAGCCAGACAUGCUUCUCGAAUUUCAUUUGUGCCCUCAAAGUGAAGGAUUUUCACUCUCUUGUAUGCAAGGGUGUGGGGUGUAGAAAGUCACUUUUAUGGGAA